UCUGAAGUCUAUGGGGAUAGAGUUUGCAGUAAAUUGUCUUAUUGACUUCAGCUGUUAAAUGUUUUUAUGUUAUGCAAGUCUUUGUUAAUGGAAGGGUUACAGGUUUAAGCUAGUCGAUAAUCCUUUUCAAAGAUCAUUUGUGUAGGCCUUUUCUGAAAAUUACAUGGAAAGUACAAUAGACCAACAUAGUUAAAAAGUUCUCCUGAAUGAACUCUUCAUGCGAUGAUGGCUGAAAAAUCAGAAACUCUUGCUGACCCGAUGCAAUUAGAGGACCUGUAAAUACAUCCUUCUGAGAUAAACUGCUGUAAAAUACUUUACUACCUACUCUAUAGUAUACGAACUCCCUCCAAAUCCAAGAAGCAGACCUACAGGAUGAAAUCACACCUCUGCAAAGUCUAGACAAUUUCAUUCCACUAACCACAACUGAUAAGAAUAGACUCUACUCGCCGUGGAAAUACUAUGUUAUAGUUAAACUAGUCGGUCGAAAAGUAGGGCAUCAAUUGCUCAAGGAGAAGCUCACCAACCUAUGGCGCCCAACCGAAGAGAUCUUCCUAAUUGAUCUGGGAGCAGACUUCUUUUUGAUUAUGUUUCAACAAGAACAGAAUAUGACUCAUGGCCUUCACGAUGGGCCUUGGUCUUUGCUUAAUAGCUUCCAAUCAAUACAAAAAUGGGAACCUAAGUUUAGAGCAUCCCAGGCACGUAUUGCUUACUCCGCCAUAUGGAUAAGGUUGCCAGAAUUACCAACAGAGUUCUACGACUUGGACAUCCUUCUCAAGGUAGGAAGUAAAAUAGGCACUCUCCUUAAAAUAGAUUCCACUACUUCAUCUACGUCUCGGGGGAAAUACGCUAGGUUAUGCGUCCAAGUGCCCUUGGAACAACCUUUGCAAUCCCACAUAUACAUAGGCACUCACAAGCCACAGAUUCUUUACAAGGCGCCAACAUGCUAUGUACCAAAUGUGUAAGAUUGGGGCACACAACGACUAUGUGUCUUUAUAACCCGGUAUUCCAUACCAAUCAUGCGGAGUCGUCAAAAGAACAAGAAUACCCAGUGGAUGGCUGGAAGUUGGUGCAAUUCCCUGCCCGAUCCCACCAGAAAUCGCCAGCAAAAACAAAGACUGGUAAUCAAUUAAGUGAACGACCACGUGGUAAGCUACUUCCAACUGCUACUGCAGAUAGAUCAGCGGGUCUAAAAAGCACAGGUAAGUUUUUUAACUCUCAAAUCUCGGGCGAAUCGGGUAGUGCCACGUCCGCUGAUGUUAGUCAUUCUCGUUUUGCCCCUUUCCUUAAAUGAUGGAGUUAGUCUACCUGUUAAAGAAGGGACCACCUCGAUUUCGACCAAUCCCCAUUGUUCUAGGUCUACCCUCGAUGACAAAUCUCUAUGCGACACGCCGUAUGCUUCAUCAUCUAAGGAUUUACAUUUUACUUCUCAACACCUAAUAUUUGAUGCAGCAACAAAUUUUUCUCCACCUGGACCCCAUGUGGUGAACAUGCAAUCUCCUAGUCAGCCCCUUAGCCCUAAAGCUUCUUCAUCCAUAUCCCAAAAUAUUUCCAAUCCUUGUGUACCAUGUGUCACCCCUUUACAUGGCAUUACAACUGGUACUCUCAGUACUGACUAUUCAUCAACUCAUAACGUAUCCACAAAUAAACCAUCCUUACCUACUCCAGAUACUCCCUCACUCAUAUAAUGUCCCAAGCUCUCCUCAAUUAUUCCUUCAAGGGAGUUCAUAUCCACCACAAACCCAAACCUCCUAUCCAUCAUCUACUCCAAACUUCCCAAAUGACGAAAAGCAACACCAAUCCCUCUCAACCAGUUUUCACCACGACGAAUCCGAUUCCGACGACUCCACCCCAGUCUUGGCUGGAGGCGGCUCUAAAGGGACAUGCCCUAACUUUUACCAUGUAUGUAGAGGGCAAAGAGUGCCUAGUAAUAAUCCAGAAUCCAAAGGACCUUUCUCAGAUCAUUACGGAAGGCAUGAAGCUGGGGUUGGAGGCCUUUGCACAUCAGCAGUGGUAUGCGACACCUCCCUCAAUUCCCAACUCAUUUCGCGCAUCCCCAUCGAAUGUCUACCCACCUGUCUUGACAAACCUAAUGAUGUCGGGACUAUCGGUCUAUCCACAACUUCCGCAGGAAAUGGAAGUUAUGUCAUGGAUCUAGAGCUGUGCCAGCUGAGGGUCAAGCAGGUGGCAUUGCUAUUUUAUGGCAUGUAGACCUUCUCCGUAUCACUAACGUCGCUCUGACUCAGCAGGAAAUUCACUGCACAAUUCAGGUAAACCCCUCCUCCAGUUCUUGGUUUUUUUUGGCAGUUUAUGCUCGUAAUAACACUAUAUAAACCCUAUAAUUGAAUUUUUGAAGCUUUGGAACUUAUUUUGGUGAGAAUCAAAUGGGGAUUUUUGAGAUUUUUUCAUCGGAUAAGUUUCUUAUAUUAUAUUUACACAUUCCCCAAUGAUUGUGUCAUGAUUUCAUCUUCAAAAUUAGUUUUUCAACUUGAAAAUCUAGUAUUUUCUUGCUAAAGUUAAGAAAUGAUAUUUUAAUGAUUUAAAGGUCAACUUUAACUUAAUUUUAUUUAAGAUUUGAACUUCUUAAUUUAUGGGUAAAUUGAUUUUCUAAUAAAAUUCUAAUUUUUGCCUUUUAGGCUUGGGGUUGACAUUUGGUUUGAGUUUUUGGACCCAAAAUAAAAAGAUAACAAUAUGCAUAUCAUUGUACUCGUAUUUAUGCUCAGAUCUUGUUCUUGAUAGAUUGGGAGGAUUUGAAGCCAUUCAAAAGAAGAAGUCUAGUUUGAGAGUAUUGGUCGCUUGUGGUUUGGCCUCAAGG